UUGGUUGCAUCGCAGUUACCGUGCGGUAUGGGACAUGAGUCGAUUGUGAUGGCAUUAUCGGUAUUUAUUGUCGCCCUGAUAUUUGGCUCCGUUUUCGCGUCUCGCGUGUCGAGAUAUGAUCAACUCGAACGGGUGGAUGCUCCUGUGGUGCAGUUUGGAACCUGGCGCGCUAAUGACGCCGUAUGUUACCAUCGGAAGAUCUUUCGCUGGUCAAGCAGUCCACAGAUAAUAAUGUUUCACAAUCCAACGGGAGCAGCAAUCAACUACAUUAUUGUGGAAAGCAAACAAAAUGGGCUUGGAGGACUUCGGGUGGAUUUGGUGGAGGGCGCUGUCGGUACUAGCGAUGUCCGGCUAGAAAUUCACGGAACUCCUGAAUGGGUGCCUUACUUUCUCCAUGACGUCGUUAUCGAAAUGAAGUGCGUUGCAGCUGCUGGGAGAAUUCGAUUAGAUGAACUAUACGCUUUGGCGUUAAUGCCUGGGUUUACACCUUUUAGGAACCGGACAAUUCAAUCGUAUCUCUAA